AUGGCCGAAGAAACAAUGGCAUCCCUUCUGGCGGAGGACGAAGGGUUUCCGAAUGACAACAUCUUUGCGACAAUUCUGUCCAUUGCCCGUGAAGUCAACCAGGUCGUCUUUCGUGACCCCGCGAAAGGUGUCAACGCGAGCCAUGACCAAUUGAUCACCGAUGUGGUUCAUACGCGACACCAGUUGAGAACUCACCUCUCGUCGUACCUUGAUCCUCAGAAUGGAUCUGUCUUUGCGGAGCCAUUGAUGAUAUGUGUAUUGACUCCUGCAAACUACGAGUAUACUGUCGCGAUGUUCGCGAUCCUGGCGCUUGGUGGAACUGUCAUGCCUCUCCCAACAAACUCGACCCUCGACCUCGUUUUGCAUCAUCUCUGCAACAACCCAGUUAAAUAUGUCCUCGCAGGCUCCGACUUCCGCGAACAAGCCGAACAGACCUUCCGGCCUACGAUGCAAGUCGAGCCGAUCCCAAUCAUGAAUGCCUGCCCGGACAAAUUGUGGGAUCUGCCCAACCUCAACAUCGCGGAAGAAAUCACCAUUCCCCAGUCCCGCCCGGGUAUCGUGUUCUUCUCGUCUGGAUCCACCGGCGUCCCCAGGGGCGUGGUCCACAGCCGAGAAUAUUUCUACAACAAACCUCGGCUGAGUCCCGAUGAAGGCUGGUUGGUGCAUCGCCCGGCGAGUUGGCUCGGAGGAACCUUGCCUUUGGCGACGGCUAUCAUGGGAGGUGCUCGAGCUGAGAUCAUUCAUCCCCACGCCCCCGCCCAAGAAUUCUGGGAUCGACUACGAGAGCGCAAUAUCACGACCCUCAUGACGACGGUAGUGCUAUGGGAAAAACUGGCCCGGCAUUACAAAGAUCAACUUACGAGGCACCCUGAUCGGGAUCAGUAUUUCGCGGGGAUGCAGAAUGUGCGGACUGCUAUCGUUGGCGCUAGCGUGCCGGUACCGUCUUUGUUGAAGUUCUACCGAGAGGAGCUUCGCAAGCCGCUUGCCAUUGGAUACGGAUCUACCGAAUCUGGUACAAUCAUGAGCGUCAUGUCGACUGAAGAAGCGGAGAGAACCAAGAAAAAUCGGGGAAUUGGAAAGCAGUUAUCACCAAAACACCCAUUUAAGCUAUCCGAGGGCGAUAGUGGAGAGUUGCUGAUCGGUGGAUUGACGAGUCUUCUGGGUUAUCUCAACGAUGAAGCUGCAACCAAGAAAGCCUUCGAUGAAGAAGGGUACUUUCGCACUGGCGACCUGUGCCACAGAGAUGGAGAGUACUAUUUCUUUGACGGGCGCGCAUGUGUGGACUUCAUCAAAGCCGUUGGCGGGCCGGUCCCGGUGUGUGAGCUAGAGGAUGUCGUUCAAACGCUCGAUUACCUCCAAGACGCCUAUGUCAUUCCCGUGGAGGAUCAAGUAAUUGGAAGACGAGUUGGAGUCAUUGCUCGACCGUGCACCGACGGAGUCAACCUGGCAAAGUUGAGGACUGAUUUAUCUUCUCGAGUGUCUCCUCACAUGCUACCCAGUGCCUUCCGCCCUCUUUCCCUGCACGAGACUCUUCCGUUGACGUACACGGACAAGAUUGCGAAGAAGGAGGUUAUGAGGAAGUUCUUUUCUUGCGACGCUCAGGGAGGUUGCCAGAGGCUGUGGAGUUGA